UAUAAGGUUCAAAGCUCUGCAGUGUAAACCAGAGUCUCUGCUGCUGCCAGUUUGCGUUUUGCUGUUUACUUUGGAAGACUUCCUUAAUCAGAUACGUCUACUGUACCAGAGUUGCCAUAUCAGCUACGUUAACAGAAGAAAUGGCCAACCAGCGUUCAAUACUACAUUCGACAAAAGCGCGCUUCGAUCGUUGGAUACGCAAGUCUUGGGAAUCGCUGUCGCUCACUCCACGACGCAGCAAAGACAUUCCCAAAAGCGACGAUUUCGUCGAGGCUGCAACAGCUUCAUACAGCGCUUCCCCAUCCCUUGCCGAUCGGGGUUGUAUCAUCGACGAUAACAAUCGCGGACAAAUCCUUGGGAAAAAUUUGCAACCCGUUGUGUACGAAGUCAUAGAGGGGCAGUUCAUUCUGAGUUAUCUGUGCGACGUAGACUGGGAAAGAAAGCGGGUUCUAUUGGAUUUCGACUGUUACAAUAACCCACCUUUGUGGCUGCCCGCCGCGCAGGUACAGCGCCAUGAAGGAUUAGACCAAUGGGACCUCCGCUACGAAAGAAAUGUGGAAGCCGCUCUGCGGACGGACUUCGACCAACCUUUCGUAUUCCAUCCAGCGCGCGUAAUUUCUCACCAUGACGGCGACACUGACACUCCCAUUUGUGUAGAACUGACGCCUGCGGGCAGUGAUGUACCCAUUCGGAAAUUUGUCCAUCCGCUCCAACUGCGCUUUGUGUGUGAUUACCCGCGCAGCGCAUACGCCAUUGAGUACGAUUCAGUUCUUAGAUGCUGUCGUCAGCUCCACAAACGAACGGUCCCUCUCCAUUUUGGGCCGAAUGCGGGAGGCGUUGAUCUGCAGCGCUUGUUGGAGGCUAUCAACGAAAUUCCGUGGAUAAAUGUGGUACGGAUAUGGCUGGACACCCGGUGCGUGCAUUGUGUCUAUACGAAAAGAGGAAAGGGAAAUUUGAGUGAGACGUAUUUGAAAAUUCUUGUUCAAAAAUCGCGCGUAAUAGCGCCGAAGAAACCUCUGGGUUGCAGUAACACUGAUGCCGUCCAAGACUGCUCCUUGGCAAAGCUGCCGUUUGAACUGUUGAAGGGGAUUGUAUUAUCAAUCGAAGAUAUCCACAGCGUGGUCAGCGCUCACAAAGUUUGCAAAUCAUGGCACGACAUUCUCGAACAAGAUGGCAACCGUCAUGCAGUUGUCGCGAUCGACCUGACCAAUCUGCUCCCUGAUUCUUCAAGCGGCCAGGAGCGAAACUAUAACCUAAAGCAUCUUGUAAACAUCCUCGACACUACCUUGACUACAGCGACUGCGGGGCUGCUGCUGAUGAACGGCGAUCUAAGUAUAGAGUUUGGCAAGUACAUCCUUGGGUUUCUGUCGAUCAAAGUUCCGUGUUUGCCGAGAAUCUAUCUGAGGAAUGUACUGUGCUAUUACCCCGUGGCACAAAACUACGAGCAGCAGCGGCUGGAGUGGGCAAAUCUCCGCCACCUCAUGCAAGCUUGCCGAGAACUACAUCUGCAAAGCGUCAUCGUUCCGAACUUCUUCGGCUCGAUCGCCGGGUCGUGGAUCGUGUCGACCAAAUCCCAGCUGGAUGUCGAUGUUGUCGUAGAAAAAGUCGUGCUGUACUCGACGCUUAGUGAAGCCGAUCGGAUGGAACACUUUCUGAAGGCUUUGGACGCUAGUUGCCCCGCGUUCUUAGCUUGUGAUUGGGAAAACAUUGACGAUGCGUAUCGUACGACGCUUUCGCGAGCCGAACAUCCACCCCGAAAGCAGUUCCUCAUGAUCCAGUUGUUGAAUCAAGCGAUAACCGGACAAAUAGAACCACCGUUGUCUAGACUCGCGGCUCAUGCCUUCCGCUGCUCUUAUCCCAUGGAGACGUCGUCCAGCUCUGUCCUUGACUACUCUUACCGUCCAACGGCACGUAACCCUAUCCACACGGAAGUAGUGAUAUGAAAUUAGAAUCAG